AUGGAGGACGUUGUGAUUGCUGGCAUGUCCGGGAAGCUGCCCGAGUCAGAGAACAUGGAGGAGUUCUGGGCCAACCUCAUCGGUGGCGUGGACAUGGUGACAGACGAUGACAGGAGGUGGAAGGCAGGACUCUACGGCCUGCCCAAGCGUACCGGCAAGCUAAAGGACCUGUCCAAGUUCGAUGCCUCCUUCUUCGGGGUCCACCCAAAGCAGGCUCACACGAUGGACCCCCAGCUGCGCUUGCUACUGGAGGUCACCUACGAGGCCAUCCUGGAUGGAGGCAUCAACCCGGCUACCCUGCGAGGGACACACACAGGCGUCUGGGUGGGCGUGAGCGGCUCGGAAGCCUCAGAGGCUCUGAGCCGAGACCCCGAGACUCUCCUGGGCUACAGCAUGGUGGGCUGCCAGCGGGCUAUGAUGGCCAACCGCCUCUCCUUCUUCUUUGAUUUUAAAGGGCCCAGCAUCGCUCUGGACACGGCCUGCUCCUCCAGCCUGCUGGCCCUUCAGAACGCCUACCAGGCCAUCCGCAGGGGAGAUAAUGCUGGCCUCAUAGAAGAGUUGUACAUUGUUGCCUUGCUCGUGCUCUACCAGGACCCUCCCUGGGCCCCGGGGCGCUUAGCCCUCGCGGACGCUGACGCGCGGCUCGGCCAGGGAGCUGUGGAUGAUGCUGAGGAUAGUCUCCAGGCCGCUGCCCUCCAGCAGCGUGCGGUGGUCCCCCUCGACCACGUGCACGGACACCUUGCCGUCGCACACCUGGGACAGGUUGUAGUCGGCGCCCAGGCCCUCGCCGUACACGCUGCCCGUCUUGGCGCGCAGCAGCGUCACGUUGCCGUGGUAGGUGGCCCGGGGGACGUACUGCUCGGCUGCGCGCAGCUUGUGGUAGAAGGAGUGCGCCGCGAAGCUCAGCUCGCGGGGGUCCAGGCCCGCGUGGCUGCGCGUGAUCAGGUCCACGGUGGCCGCCACGCGCUCCUCCAGGCCCUUGAGGGGCAGCAGCGCCUCCAGAACCUGCGGGAAGGCUGCCCCCUGAGGCCGUCCCUGCCCACAGGCUUGUCCUGGGAGGAGUGUAAGCAGCGCUGCCCCCCUGGUGUCGUGCCCGCCUGCCACAACUCUGAGGACACAGUGACCAUCUCGGGACCGCAGGCUGAGGUGGCUGCAUUCGUGGCGGAGCUGAAGCAGGAGGGUGUGUUUGCCAAGGAGGUGCGGACGGGCGGCAUGGCCUUCCACUCCUACUUCAUGGACUCCAUCGCCCCCACGUUGCUUCAGGCCCUCAAGAAGGUGAUCCGGGAGCCGCGGCCCCGCUCGGCACGCUGGCUCAGUACCUCCAUCCCCGAGGCCCAGUGGCAGGGCAGCCUGGCCCGCACGUUCUCGGCAGAGUAUAACGUCAACAAUCUGGUGAGCCCCGUGCUGUUCCAGGAGGCGCUGUGGCACGUGCCCGGGGACGCUGUGGUGUUGGAGAUCGCCCCCCAUGCCCUGCUGCAGGCCGUCCUCAAGAGAGGCCUGAAGUCCAGCUGUACCAUCGUCCCUCUGAUGAAGAAGGACCAAAGAGACAACCUGGAGUUCUUCCUCAGCAACGUGGGCAAGUUGCACCUGCUGGGCUUCGACGUCAACCCCAACGGCCUGCUUCCACCCGUGGAGUUCCCGGUGCCCCGGGGCACUCCUCUCAUCUCCCCUCACAUCAAGUGGGACCACAGUCAGACCUGGGACGUCCCCACCACCAAGGACUUCCCCAGCGGCUCCAGUGGCUCCUCUGCCUCCACCGUCUGCAACAUCAGCAUCAGCCCUGAGUCCCCUGACCACUACCUGGUGGACCACUGCAUCGACGGCCGCGUCCUCUUCCCCGCCACCGGCUACCUGUGCCUGGUCUGGAAGACUCUGGCACGGACCUUGAGUCAAAACGUGGAACAAGUACCCGUGGUGUUUGAGGACGUGACCCUGCACCAGGCUACCGUCCUACCCAAGACCGGGACCGUGCCCCUGGAAGUGCGGCUCCUACAGGCUUCCCGCACCUUCGAGGUGUCUGAGAACGGCAACCUGAUAGUGAGCGGGAAGGUUUACCAGUGGGAGGACCCCGACACCAAGCUGUUCGACAGCCCGGACGGCCUGGACACCACGGACCCCACAGCUACGUUCCACCUGAGCCAGAGGGACGUGUACAAAGAGUUGAGGCUGCGUGGCUACGACUAUGGCCCUCACUUUCAAGGCAUCCUCGAGGCCAACCUCGAAGGCAACGCGGGCCGGCUGCUGUGGAAGAACAACUGGGUGACGUUCCUGGACGCCAUGCUGCAGACAUCCAUCCUGGGCCUGGCCCAGUGCGGCCUGCGUCUGCCCACCCGCAUCACCUCCGUCCGCAUCGACCCUGCCACCCACCAGCGCAGGGUGUACUCGCAGGGCGAGGCCCAAGCGGUCAACGUGCUGGUGAACAGUUGUCUGAACAGCACGGUGGCCGGCGGCGUCCUCGUCUCGGGCCUCCACGCCUCGAUGGCCCCACGGCGGCAGCAGGAGCAGUUUGCGCCCAUCCUGGAGAAGUUCUGCUUCACGCCGCACACGGAGGAGGGGCUCCUGGCUGGAGACGCGGCCCUGCAGGAGGGGCUGCAGCUGUGCAGGGGGCUGGCACAGGCGCUGCAGACCAAGGUGGCCCAGCAGGGGCUGAAGAUGGUGGUGUCCGGGCUGGACGGGGCCCAGGCCCCCCAGGAGCCUCCAAAGCAAGGCCUGCCCCGGCUGCUGGCGGCCGCCUGCCAGCUACAGCUCAACGGCGGCCUCCAGCUGGAGCUGGGCCAGCUGCUGGCCCAACAGAGGCCCCUGCUGCAGGACGACCCCCUGCUCAGCGGCCUCCUCGCUUCCCCGGCGCUCAAGGCCUGUGUGGACACCGCCCUGGAGAACAUGCCCAGCCUCAAGAUGAAGAUCGUGGAGGUGCUGGCUGGCGAUGGCCACCUGUAUUCUCACAUCCCGGCGCUGCUCAACACCCAGCCCAUGCUGCAGCUGGAGUACACGGCCACUGACCGCCACCCUCAGGCCCUGGAGGCCGUGCAGGCCAAGCUGCAGCAGCACGGCAUAGCCCAGGGCCAGUGGGACCCUGCGGACCCCGCCCCUGGCGGCCUGGGCUCGGCUGAUCUCCUCCUGUGUAACUGUGCCGUGGCCAGCCUCGGUGACCCGGCCACGGCCGUUGGCAACAUGGGGGCCGCUCUCAAGGAGGGCGGCUUCCUGCUGCUGCACGCUCUGCUCAAAGGACACCCCCUUGGAGAGACGGUCGCCUUCCUCACCUGCCCCGAGCCGCGGCGAGGCCAGCAGAGCCUCCUAAGCCAGGACGAGUGGGAGAGUCUGUUUGCCGGGGCGUCCCUGCACCUGGUGGCCCUGAAGAAGUCCUUCUAUGGCUCUGUGCUCUUCCUGUGCCGUCGGCCGGUCCUACGGGACAGCCCUGUCUUCCUGCCUGUGGAGGACCCCAGUUUCCAGUGGGUGAACUCCCUGAAGAACAUUUUGGCCGACUCCUCCCAGCAGCCCGUGUGGCUAACAGCCAUCAGCUGCCCCGACUCAGGCGUCGUGGGCUUGGUGAACUGUCUCCGCAGAGAGCCUGGCGGGCACCGGAUUCGGUGCGUCCUGGUGUCCAACCUCAGCAGCACGUCCCGCACCCCCAGUUUGGACCCCGGCUCCUCGGAGCUGCAGAAGGUCCUACGGGGGGACCUCGUGAUGAAUGUCUACCGAGACGGCGCCUGGGGGGCCUUCCGCCAUUUCCCCCUGGAGCGCGGCCUGCCGGAGGAGCAGACCGAGCACGCCUUCGUGAACGUCCUCACGCGGGGCGACCUCUCCUCCAUCCGCUGGGUCUGCUCCCCUCUGCGUCACACCCAGCUCACCGGCCCCGGCGCCCAGCUCUGUGCCGUCCACUAUGCCUCCCUCAACUUCAGAGAUAUCAUGCUGGCCACGGGCAAGCUGUCCCCUGACGCCAUCCCAGGAAAGUGGGCCCUCCGCAGCUGUCUGCUGGGCAUGGAGUUCUCUGGCCGAGACGCCAGCGGCAAGCGCGUCAUGGGGCUGGUGCCUGCCGAAGGCCUGGCUACCUCCGUCCUGCUCUCUCAGGACUUCCUGUGGGAGGUGCCCUCCAGCUGGACCCUAGAGGAGGCGGCUUCGGUGCCUGUGGUCUACACAACUGCCUACUACUCGCUGGUGGUGCGGGGGCGCGUGCAGCCCGGGGAGACGGUGCUCAUCCACUCAGGCUCGGGCGGCGUGGGCCAGGCCGCCAUCGCCAUCGCCCUCAGCCUGGGCUGCCGCGUCUUCACUACCGUGGGGUCGGCCGAGAAGCGGGCGUACCUCCAGGCCAGGUUCCCCCAGCUCGACGACACCAGCUUCGCCAACUCCCGGGACACGUCCUUUGAACAGCACGUGCUGCGGCACACGGCAGGGAAGGGUGUGGACCUGGUCCUGAAUUCCCUGGCGGAAGAAAAGCUACAGGCCAGCGUGCGGUGCCUGGCCCAGCACGGCCGGUUCCUGGAAAUCGGCAAAUUCGACCUUUCGAACAACCACCUGCUGGGCAUGGCCGUCUUCCUGAAGAACGUGACCUUCCACGGGGUCCUGCUGGACUCGCUCAUGGACGAAGGCGGGAACAGCUGGCAGGAGGUGGCUGCGCUGCUGAAGGCGGGCAUCCGGGACGGUGUGGUGCAGCCCCUCAAGUGCACCGUGUUCCCCAAGGACCGGGUGGAGGACGCCUUCCGCUACAUGGCCCAAGGGAAGCACAUCGGCAAAGUGGUCAUCCAGGUGCGCAGGGAGGAGCCGGAGGCGGUGCUGCGGGAGACGGGUCCCACCCUGAUGGCCGCCGUGUCCAGGACCUACUGCCCGGCCCACAAGAGCUAUGUCAUCACCGGGGGCCUGGGCGGCUUCGGCCUGGAGCUGGCCCAGUGGCUUGUGCUGCGAGGGGCCCGGAAACUCGUGCUGACCUCUCGCUCUGGGAUCCGCACAGGCUACCAGGCCAAGCAGGUCCGUGAGUGGAGGCGCCAGGGCAUACAGGUCCUGGUGUCCACCAGCAACGCCAGCUCGUUGGAUGGGGCCCAGAGCCUCAUCGAUGAGGCCACGCAGCUGGGGCCCGUGGGAGGCGUCUUUAACCUGGCCGUGGUCCUGAGAGACGCCAUGCUGGAGAACCAAACCCCUGAGCUCUUUCAGGACGUCAACAGGCCCAAGUACAGCGGCACCGUGAACCUGGACAGGGUGACCCGAGCUGCGUGCCCCGAGCUGGACUACUUUGUGGCCUUCUCCUCCGUGAGCUGCGGGCGCGGCAACGCCGGCCAAACCAACUAUGGCUUCGCCAACUCCACCAUGGAGCGCGUGUGUGAGAAGCGCCAGCACGACGGCCUCCCGGGCCUCGCCAUUCAGUGGGGCGCCAUCGGUGACGUGGGCAUCGUCCUGGAGUCCAUGGGCUCCAACGAUACGGUCAUCGGCGGGACGCUGCCGCAGCGGAUUGCUUCCUGCUUGGAGGUGCUGGACCUCUUCCUGAACCAGCCCCACCCCGUCCUGAGCAGCUUUGUGCUGGCCGAGAAGAAGGCCACUGCCCACAAUGACAGCAGUGGCCGGCAGGACCCGAUGGAGGCCGUGGCCCACAUCCUGGGCAUCCGAGACUUGGCCACCGUCAACCUGGACAGCUCGCUGGCAGACCUGGGCCUGGACUCGCUCAUGGGCGUGGAGGUGCGCCAGAUGUUGGAGCGCGAGCAUGACCUGGUGAUGUCCAUGCGGGACAUCCGGCAGCUCACGCUCCGGAAGUUGCAGGAGCUUUCCUCGAAGGCUGGCACAGCUAAUGGUGCGUGA